AUGUCAUAUACUAUAUCAUUGAUCGAUAGAUGUUGCGAGAUAUCAUCAACAAUCAGGUAUCACAAUACAACAAGCAUGCCAAUCUCUGUAACACUUGUAAAUGACACUGAACUUGAUAUGGGAUAUAUGUUCUGCCUGGAGUCGAGCCAGGAUGGUGCUGAACAGGUCAAGUAUCAACCGAAUACACCUAUUAAGAGUACGAGUGUAGAGUUGCUGCCGCAGAAGGAGAUGGUGUUGCAUGCAAAGUAUAUCAAGGAGGUGCCAUACAGCGAUCGUACAUUCUCUGUAAAGAUCCCAUUCAAGGGCACGCUGCCCACUGGCACAGAGAUCAAGGUCGAUGGCCAAUUCAGCACGAUCGUUCGAAGCGUCAAGUGUCCAACACAUCCCGCAUCCCUCAACUCAUUGAACAUCGAUGACAACAAGUUGAAUGCAAUAUAUCAGAUUACACAGCAACAAUCACAACAACAUAGUAGCGAUAGUAACAGCGAGUCGGGAGCUGUGAUUAGACACUUUUGGGUGAAUGUGGAGACACAGGAGCUGCCAACGGUGUGUGGAUGGACGUCGGACGCAGUCUCCUACGAAGGAGCCCUGAUACGAUCGUCGAUGGUGUCGUUCAACACCAACACUGACGUCAACAACGUUGUGUUGCGAUGGAUGGAUCAGAGCGAGACCAGACACAGCACACUGACACGUGGCACCGUGCUCUACAACCUGGAGAAGCUGGACGCCUCCACCAAGGCCAUCGACAACAUCGCCACGCUGGCCUACAACGAGCACCACAACUGUAGAAUACAACUGCAAAGCACCUCCUCAAUGAUUAUAUAUAGGUUUACAACUCUCUCCAAGCUCAGGCAAAUAGAAGAUUCAAAGAGUUCACAACAGGACAUAUCAUAUCUGAUCAAGCUGUUUCUGGAGAAUAACAGUAUACGAUCACCGGAAUCAUCGACACCACCAGCCACACCAUCAUCGAGCUUGUCAGACUCGACCAACUCAUCACCCUUUUCAUCACUGUCUUUCUCGGCGCCCGACAACAGUAGCACCAACAAUGGCGCUGGCGGCAGGCCAUCACUCCAGUCGUCGUUCAAUUCACUGCAGACCUCUGGCGACCUGCUGACCAACCUCAGCCAGCUGCCACGCGCAAAGCCGCCCUCCCUUCAAUCGUUCACCGCUCCGCCCUCCUUCAACAAGGACCUGUCCAACCCGAUCGCGGCGUUUGUCUCGAACCGACAGUUGCUUGGCUCGUCGUCGGGCCCUUCGCCCACGCAGGCCAAGAGCAAGCGAGCGCCUCCUUCACUGCUGUCCACUGUAAAUGCAAGUCGCGAUGGCGGACCGCCCGACCUGCGCCAGCAGCGUAUGGCCAGCUACAACAAGAUCAAUCAGAUGUUUGGCAAGCCGACCAAGUCGGACUUUACGCGCACAACCAUCCCGCUCGACGAGAUCGAGCCGGUGGCCUUUGACAUUGCGCUGCAGCACAUUCGAACACAGUGGUGGAACCGCCCGCGACUGUCCACACAGGAGGAGAUACAGAUGGUACGCUCGAUCGUGCAGUCCGUCAUCACGAGCGAUAAGAUCGAGAUGACCUAUGUGAUUGUUCGGCCGUCACCCGCGGCAUCGCCAAGCGGCAGCGUGUCAGACCUCAAGAGUCUGCUCGCGCCCAAGUCACCGCCCCCCGUCCAGGAGGGCGAGAAGCAGGUGGAUGCCGAGCGACUGAAAUGGAUAAUCGAGGAGGUUCUUAAUGGCGAGCGACACAGGUUCCCAGCUGCCGAUAGCCAGACGGCCUUUGAGUCAUGGUGCAAUGUGUGCAUUGGCGAGACAGUUGGCAUGCGUCCACAGAUGGAGGACAAGCAUGUGUUCAUCGAGCACCCCGACUGCCUGUAUGGCACGGCGACCGCGGGCCAGGCAACUGCGCCCGAGAAGCUGUACGUCGGUGUGUUUGACGGGCACAACGGUAGCGUUGCUGCCGAGUACGCCAAGAUCAACCUGGGCUUUGAGAUAUUCAAGCAGCGACCAGCGAUGACCAGCGCCGACCAAGUGUCGCGUGUCAAGGACGCCUAUCUGGCCGUGGACAAGUCGUUCCUGGCGCUGGCCGAGAAGGACGAGCGCAAGGCUGGCACGACCGUCGCCACCGCCAUCAUCCAUCGCGACCGCAUCAUGGUGAGCAACGUAGGCGACACCGAGGUGGUCCUCUGCAGUGGCGGCAUCGCCAUGCCCCUGACGACGCAGCAUACGCCCCACAACGAUCUGGAACGCAAGAGAAUCGAGAGUGGCGGUGGCAUGAUCAUCCAGUACGGCACACUGCGCGUCAACGGCGUUCUGUCUGUGACGCGAGCGGUUGGCGAUCGCAACCUGAAGGAGUUUGUCAUUGCCGACCCGGACACGAUCGUUCACACAUUGACCAAGCAGGAUCAAUUCAUCAUCAUGGCCACCGAUGGACUGUGGGAUGUGUUCACCUAUCAAGAGGCAUCCGACUUUAUAUUGAGCAAUGGCAAGAGUACAGGUACAUCAUCAUCUUCAUCAUCAUCAUCUUCACCAAAGUUAUCAUCAACAACAUCAAGUAGUAGUAGUAGCAGCAGCAGCAGUAGUAAUAGUAACAGUAAUAGUAAUAAUAAUAGUAGUAAUGGAAGCGAUAACAACAACAACAACAACAACAAUAUGGUAGUUGACGAUACAUCAUCAUCACAACCAAAGAGCAUAGCAGACAAGAUUAUACAGGAGGCCAUGAACAGACAUUCUCGAGACAACAUCACAGUUGCCAUAGUAUUCUUUAGAGACAACUAUCAACCACCUUCAUGA